AUGCUAACUCCCUCUUCUGUGAGCGAGCAAGACUAUUGGAAAAAUAUAUUUUAAAUAUAAAGAAUUUUUUUCUAAUAUUAAAAUGAUAAUUCUCAAACUUUAAACAUUUGCAUUAUGAAAAUAAAUUAAACGAAUUUUGGCAAAAUUGGAAAAAAUUCUAAUAACCCCUGAAGGAGGGAUUAAAAGUAGCUUUACUGAUACUUAUGGCUUGUAUUUGCGAAGGGAAAGAGCCUAAUGAGAAUGGGAAAUUGAAAAGAGAAGAAUCUUGUAUGACCCUUAUUGAGCACAUGCCUAAGAUGGACAGGAAGAGAUUUGAAGAAACUGUAAGCCUUCGCCCAGAUUUAAGAAAACGUGAGCUUCAAGAAAAACUCCUAGAAAAAGCUUUCAAUUAUUGUAUGACACGAAUUUCAGACAGCCAAAUCAAAGAAAUUCUAGAAUUUCGCCCUAAAAAGUUCAGAAAUUUUUUCGAGCUCGUCCCACUUGAAGUUGAAAAUAUAAAUAAUCCUGAAGAUUUAGCAUUGGAUCCAGACUGGAAUACAAUGAAAAAAGAAAUCAGAAGUAGAUUAAAAAGGAAUAGGGGAAAGCGCUUUACAAAUCUCCCUAAUGAUCUUUAA